GUGUGGUGACGUCGGCAGGAUUUCAUUGGCCGUUUCCGAUUUUAAAUCUUGGCGGUAGUAGGAAGCGAGAGCGGCCCAGUUCUGAGGAGACGCGGACCGGGGACGGUUGAUUUUUGUGCACCAUGGGAAAGGAUGAGGGGAUCCCGGUUCGAGUGGUGUUGAGGUGCCGCCCGCUGGUCACCAAGGAACAGAACGAAGGCUGCAGGAGCUGCCUGACCUUUGCCCCCGGAGAGCCUCAGGUGAUUGUCGGCAAUGAGAAAGCGUUCACCUACGACUUCGUCUUCGACCCGUCCGCCGAGCAGGAGGAGCUCUAUUCCUCGGCCGUGCACCCGCUGAUUACAGGCCUGUUCAAAGGUUACAAUGCAACUGUACUUGCGUAUGGCCAAACGGGUUCGGGGAAGACCUAUUCCAUGGGAGGGACUUACACCCACGACCAGGAGAACGAGCCGAGUGUGGGCGUCAUCCCCAGAGUCAUCAAGGCUUUGUUUAGGGAGAUCGAGCAACGGAGUGACUGGGAAUUUCAAAUCAAGGUUUCCUAUUUAGAGAUCUACAAUGAAGAAAUUCUGGAUCUUCUCUUCACUCCUCGCGAUAAAGCGACACACAUCAGCAUCCGCGAGGACCCCAAGGAAGGCAUUAAGAUCUGUGGCCUCACUGAGCGUGAUGUGAAGACUGCGAAGGAUAUGGUGUCUUGUCUGGAGAUGGGGAAUGGCGCCCGCACUGUGGCUUCCACAGCCAUGAACUCCCAGUCCUCCCGAUCGCACGCCAUCUUCACGAUCUCCAUUGAACAAAAGAAAAUCGAUGACAAAAACAACAGUUUCCGCUCCAAACUGCACCUUGUUGAUUUGGCUGGGUCUGAAAGACAGAAAAAGACUAAGGCUGAAGGCGACCGUUUGAAGGAAGGUAUCAGUAUCAACCGCGGCCUGUUGUGUUUGGGAAACGUCAUCAGCGCUUUGGGGGACGAGUCCAAGCGAGGCGGAUUUGUGCCCUACAGAGACUCAAAACUGACCCGUCUUCUACAAGAUUCCCUUGGGGGUAACAGUCACACACUGAUGAUAGCGUGUGUUAGUCCCGCCGAUUCAAACAUGGAGGAGACACUUAAUACCCUGCGCUAUGCCGACCGAGCCAGAAAGAUAAAGAAUAAGCCGAUCGUCAACACAGAUCCACUGGCUGCGGAAAUUCAGCACCUGAAGCAGCAGGUACAAGAUCUGCAGGUGAUGUUGCUAGAAGCUCAUGGAGGGACCCUUCCUGUACUGGCCAGUAUGGAGCCAACCGAUAACCUUCAGUCACUGCUGGUAAAAACCAAAACUUUGGAAGAGGAAAAUGGAAAAUUAAGUCAAGAGCUGGGCGAAGCUGCAGAACAGACAGCCAAUAUUCUGGAGAAAUUUAUCUUGACUGAACUAGAAAAUGAAAAAUUGACCAAUAAGAUAAAUGAGCUCCGAGAACACGCAGCGUGCAAAUUGAAUCUCGAGAAGAUGGUUGAGACCUUGGAAGACCAGGAAAUGAAGGACAACGUAGAGGUCAUCCGCAACUUGCAACAACUGAUCACACACCUUCAGGAUGAAGGAUCGGGGAUAGCGGCAUCGAUUGAAGCAAUGAUUGAGGGUUCAGACUCCCCAGAAUCUGAAGAGAAAGAUGCGGAGAGUGAAGAGAAACGCAACUCUGACGGGUUCAGCACCCACCAUGCCCUCCGACAGGCCCAACUCUCCAAGGAGCUGAUAGAGCUGAACAAAGCAUUGAUGCUAAAGGAGGCCUUGGCCAAGAAGAUGGCACAGAAUGACAGCCACAUGGAGCCCAUCCAGAAUGAUUACAUGAGUAACAUCAAAAGCCUGGAAAGUGAAGUGGGGGCGUUGCAGAAAGAGAAGGAAGAACUGAUUCUGGCUCUUCACUCUGCCAAGAAAGACACCAACCAAGCCAAACUCAGUGAGCGUCGGAGAAAGAGAUUGCAAGAGCUGGAGGGGCAGAUGAACGACCUCAAGAAAAAGCUGAACGAGCAAUCGAAGCUGCUGAAACUCCGAGAAUCCUCCGAGAAAACCGUCGGCAAACUCAACCAUGAGAUCCUGGCCAUGAAAACGCAGCGGGUUCAGCUCAUGAGGCAAAUGAAGGAAGAUUCUGAGAAAUUCCGAUCUUUCAAGCAGCAAAAGACAAAGGAAGUCAUUCAACUUAAAGAGCGGGACCGGAAACGUCAGUAUGAACUCCUGAAGCUGGAAAGAGAUUUCCAGAAACAAGCCAGCGUGCUGCGGAGGAAAACCGAAGAGGCAGCAACCUCCAACAAGCGUUUGAAAGAAGCUCUGCAUAGGCAGAAGGAAGCCAUGGAUAGGCGCAAAGAUUCCCAGAAUAAAGGAAUGGAGGGGGCAGCCACCAGAGUGAAGAACUGGCUAGCCAAUGAGGUGGAGGUUCUUGUGAGCACGGAGGAAGCCCAGGGGCAUCUAAAUGAUCUGCUUGAAGACAGAAAGAUCCUGGCUGCAGAUAUCGCCCAGUUGAAGCAGAAGAAAGAUGCAGGAGAACCCAUUCCUUCGAAGAUUCGAAGAAGAACCUACACUGUGGCAGAACUGGAGCACCUGGGGGAAGAGGAGUCGGUCACCAGACAGGUCGAGAGCCUUGAGACUGAAAUGGAGCUCCGGAGCGCUCAAAUAGCUGAUUUACAGCAAAAGCUGCUGGAUGUUGCCAACGAGGAAGAACGGGUGAAACGGAGAUGGGAAACCAUCACCAAUCUCAUGGAAGCCAAAUGUGCGCUGAAAUAUUUAAUGAGAGAGCUGGUCUCUACCAAAGUUCAGACAACUAAGCUGGAAAGCAACGUGAAGCAGAGCCGGGCCCAAUACGCCGAUCUCCAGAAAACGAUCUUUGAAGAAAGGAAGCAGAUGUCAGAAAUGGAAACAGAACAUCAGGGCCAGCUGAUGCAGAUGGAGCAGCAACAUCAGGAGAAGAUUUUUUUUCUGCUGGGUCAGCUGCAGCAAAAACAGGCAGUCACUUCCGUGGAUCAGGAGCCACGGGAGGAGCCACCUCAGGAGACAGAGGACGGAGUGUCUGAAAGGGAGAAGCAGCUGCUGGAGAGGCUGAAGUUCCAGGAUGAAGAGAUCGAAAAAAUGAAGGAACUCAGUGAAAAGAACCAGCAACUCCUUCAAGAAAACGACGUGUUUAAACAAAAACUGGCGCUACUUCAAGUUGCAAGUGCAAAAAAAAUGUGCGUUACAUCAAAUGAAAAGCUAUUCAUGGCCUCGCCGGAUUCUCCCUUCGAAUUCAUCCCUCCCAAGCCCAAAAAUCUAAGGAGAACCAACGCCAGAGCGCCCACUCUGAUGCUGGAGGACUUGUUAUCCGAAUCUGGAGAUUCCGACGAGGACACGAGUGACCAGAACUGGGCGCCGGCUCAAAUUGCCAAGCCGCCCAGGAAGCGGGCCAGUGGGUGCUCUUGUAAAACCCUGUGCGGUAAUAAAAUGUGCCGCUGCAGGAAGAGAAAACAGGACUGCGGCGACGACUGCUUCUGUGAUGUAGCAAAAUGCCGGAACAGAGGGCACUUUACGGACGAUACCGGCAGUGAGGAUCCUCCUCGGGAGUCUGAUACUACUGUUUUACUUGGAGAAGUCACUUCGGGAAGCUCAUUCUUCACGGAACCCUGUGUCACGCCCACGACAAAGGUUCUCCGUGAGAUAAGCGACAUCGGACAGAUGUUCUCUAUGAAGCUUCAGCGCAAACCGCUCAACACUUCUGCGGCGGAGGAAUCUCAGGAAAAGCCGUCUUUAGGCCUAAAGAAGAAAAAGAAAGCUUUGUGCAACAGCAACGUCAGCUUCUUCUCCGGCUGCGCUCCGAUCCUCGAGGACGAAUAGCGCCUUUUUACAAAUUUAUUGUAGAGUUAGAUGGUCUUCCCUUGUGGUGGUGACCGCUGCCACCUUGGACCAGACAGCAGCAGCUCCAGAACUAUGCCCAUUUUUUAUUCAAGACGGGAACACAUUUCCAGGGCCUACAGUGCCCACUGACAAUGUCUGUCACAUGAUCAUCAUGUGACUGAAAUAUUCUGCACUCGGUCUGCAUGUACAAGGAGCGGGCACCUAGUUCCAGAAAAGCCAGGCAAGCACGAGAGGGCACAUCUAGAGAGCUCUGCACUACUUUAUUGGUUUAUCUGGUCUGUGGGAUACCGUUGGCUAGGGUGGUAAAGUAGUGCACAGCCCUCUAGAUGUGCCCUCUUGCUUGCCUGGCUUUUCUGGAACUAGGUGCCUGUUCCAGGUACAUGCAGGCAGGUUGGUUUCCCAUACUUGGGCAUGUUAGCUGGCUUAUAAGAAUCUGUUGUAUUGGGCAUUAAAUGGGCACAGAACUCUAAAUGUGCUCUCAUGCUACAAUUGCCAAGUCACCUCCAACUUGCCUGGCUUUUACUGGAACUGGGUGCCCGCUCCUAGUACACACAGACAGGUUGGUUUCCCUUGACCACCCCAUCCAAUCCCUCAAUGGAUUCCCACAGCCCAGCUAACUAGUGCAGAGCUCUCUAGAUGUGCCCUCUUGUGCUGGUCUGGAACUAGGUGCCCGCUCCUGGUACAUACAGGCAGGUUGGUUUCCUAUACUUGGGCAUGUUAGCUGGCUUAUGGGACUCUAUUUAGGUUGUAUUGGGCAUUAAAUGCUGCAGAACUCUCAUGCUACCAUUGCCAAGUAACCUCCAACUUGCCUGUUUUUUCUGGAACUAGGUGCCCGCUCCUGGUACAUACAGACAGGUUGGUUUCCUAUACUUUGGCAUGUUGACUGGGCUAUGGGAAUCGGUUGAUUGGGGCAGUAAAGUAGUGCAGGGCUCUGUAGAUAAGUUCUCAUAUUGCCAUUGCCAAAUCAUCCCCAACUUUUUUAUAUGGUAAUUGGCCAAAAACCUCAGGGGAGGUUCUCUUUAAUGAGCCUCAAAAUCUGCUCAUGUAUGCAGACUUGUAUCUAGCUGAGUAAUGGUCGUUCUCAACUUGCUGACCAAUGGAGAGGAGGAGGAACUAGGGGAGCGGGCGUCGCUAGAGGAAGCAAUCUAAAGAGGCCCCUCCUUGUAGUGGGCUCUUGCCUCCAAUUUUGGGAAGAUCCCUUGCAUUUCUUUUGUAUGUACCUCCCAUUUAACGGGCCACUUGUAGCUUGUGUACCUCCAUUCAAAUGGGCCAAUCUGGAAGACCACUUUAGAAGUGUGUACAUACCGCCAGCUACCCACCUUUAACUGCUGCCAUUCAUCUGUCUGUACAGGUUGGCUUAAGUCUUGGAAUCCUUUUUUUUU